AUGUAUGAAAUAAAUAAAGAAUUGGAAAAAAAUAAAUUGAAGAAAAGAGAACAUAUAAUAAAAGAAGAAUCAUUACCAGGUAUAUUAAAUCAUCCAGUACAACAAGGUUUACAUGGUGAUCGUGAUUAUGAAUUAGAACCAAAAGAUGAACAAAAAACUAUUAUUACAUCUGCUAUAACACCUGAAGAUAUUGAAUUCUAUGAAGAAUUAGAACAAAAACAAGAUAAAAUUUGGAAAAGAAGAAUUAAACAAAAUCAAAUCUUCCAUAAAGAACUUUUUAAAAUUCAUAACAAUUCAAAUAGUUUAACUAAUUUAAAUAAUUUAACUAAUUUAGAUUUAAAUUUAAAUAAAUUAAAUGGAAAUGGGUUGGAUGGAGAAGAAUUGGAUGUAGAAGAUAUAAAUGAAAAUUAUAAAGAAUUUGGAAAUACAUAUUUUAGUGAAAAUAAAAUUAAAAAAAUAUUAAAAGUUAAUAUCAUACCUAAAAAUAUUAAUAAAUCUAUUCCUAACACUACUGGUACUAGUACUGUUACUACUAAUACUACUGGUAUUAAGGAGAAGAAGGAGGAAUGUAAGAGUAUAAUUGAAGGAUAUUCAGAUGAUGAUUAA